CGUUCAGAAGGAGAGUUUGAGCUGCGCUACCGCUACUGGAAAAAAUGCGUUCGCGCAUUUUUUGAAACUUUCUGAUCUAGAAAUAGUUAGACGUAAGUAAGUAGAAACUUCUUCAUCAUGUCCACUUCGGACGUUUUCCCUCCCCCCAUUGCUCCAGGGGAGGCGACGACCUUGGUCCCCUUCCCGGUUUCGUAUUUUAGUUCCACGGCCGCACCCGGAGCCACCGGUGCAACAACCGCUACCGCGGCAACCCCACAUUUCGACCUGCUCGACAGUGUCAGGAAGCUGCACGCGCGACAGCACAUCCUCCUGGUCGCGACCAUCUCCAUGAUGGUGGUUCUUUACCUGUUGCCGAAGUUUCUGAUGCGGAACCGACUGUUUGGCUACUGCUUGGGAAAACGGAUGAGGAUGGUUUUUCUCUUGCUGUCGCUCGUGAAUUUAUUUUUCUUCGGGUACGUGAUGAGCCAGCUGGAAAACGUGUCUGUGAACGGGUUGUUUUUCCUGUUCGUGCACACCGUAGAAAACGUGCUGUCCAAUGUGGAGCGAUUAUUGCAGAGUUGCGGCGCAAUAAUAGGCGUACUAUUGCUGCUCAGCUACCGGAGCAACGUGAUAAAACUGCUCGGCCUGGAGAACCAUCCCGUGAUAAACGCUGACUGUCGCGAUAUGCUCACGUGUUUCUCCAUGCACCGGUUCCGGCCGAUAGAGCUUUCGAUUGCCCAGGUGACCGGGUUGCCGAAGACCCAGACGGUGUUUCAGGCGAAGACAAGACCACUGUAUCUAGUAGUUGUUGAUUCAGAUGACGCAGAUGCGAUGCAUGUAUCAUGAUGAUGAUCUUUCCAUCCACAAGACCAUCCCGUGAAGCGAAAAUCCAAAUGGUUCACUUUUUUGUGGUUUAUCCAAGUUGCUUGUCAAUUUCGCUGGACAGCUCGAUCGUCGUCUACGUUGUAUGAAAUGCCAAUUCGAUCUAGGUUUUGCCACGUCCAGGCGGGCAAAUACAACGAGCCGCGCGCAACCCGGGUGAAGGAGGUUGGCUACGGUGAGGACUACAAUGUCAAAGAGAAGAUGCAACUGAACUACGACAGGGAAGACUUGCACAAGUUUAAACUCACCCUCACCGUGCAGCGGCAGGAGAUCGUCGGGCAAGACGCAGCCCAAGCGCUGAUGCCCGCUGCCGGUGCGGUUGCGGGCGGCGUCUUUGGGGGCGCGCUCUACCCCGUCACCGGCGCGGUGGCGGGUGCCGGGUUCGGCAUGAGCGCCGCAAGCGCCUUCGGCGACGAGAUCGCGCGGGUGGAGCUUUCCACUAUGAUGAUAAACGACAUGCUACUGGAAAACGAGGAGGACGUACCGCUCGCGGGCGACGCGCUGCACUCGACCAGGUUCGACCUGGAAGCAGGGAGCUGGCGGACGUUAAACCUAGUGCCAAUGGGCGAGGUUCGGCUCAGAUUCAGGUAUCUAGACAACACAGACGACGAACACGACGUAGAACACGCAUCGGUCUUCGCAGACCUUGCGGAGGCUUUUUCCUUUUCGUAAGAAGAGUAAUUCGGAUUCGUCCAUGAUGAUCAUGCGCAGAACGAACAGAAAGAGCUGGAACGUAGUG